AUGCUAGCCGGAAGUGUCUUGCGCCGAAGCUUCUCCUGCCACCGGCUGAGUAAAAACGUCACCUUCUACAUGAACGAUCAUGUUGCGCCCGCCGUGCCUGGAGCUCCAUCCAGCGAGGACCAUAAACCUCUGACACUCAUGCUUCCGUGGUUAGGAGCCCGUCCGCAGGCCGUGUUCAAGUACUGCGACAUCUACCUCAGAACUGGCUUUGAUGUGCUUGUUGUGGAGAGCGAGGUGCAAGAAUUUCUAUGGCCUCGUUGGAGUUUGCAGAACGGCAAGAAGUUGAUGGAGUUGCUGCACAGUGAGCGCUUUGCGUCACGGCCGCUGUUGGUCCACGCCUUCUCCAUCGGCGGUUACACCUUCUCGCAGCUGCUGGUGCUAGUGUCCGAGGACCCGCAGAAAUAUAAGACACUUACAGGGAGGAUUAAAGGACAAGUCUACGACAGCUUAGUGGUGGGCUCCGUGGAGUUGAUGGCUUCAGGUGUAGCCAAAAUUGCUUUUCCUCGCUGGGAGACGCCGGUGAAACAAAUGAGCCUUCUGUACUUCAACACCUUCCGGCGCCAAACCACCGACUACUUCAACAGGAGCAUCCAAGUGUUCUGGAACUCUCCCGUCACCGUCCCCGCACUCUUCUUCUACUGCGACAAUGACCCGCUGAGCGACCCGCGCGCGCUAGAAGAAGUCCUCGACUUCUGGCGGGGGCGCGGCGUGCCUUUUACCGCCAAGAAGUGGGAGACCUCCAAACACGCCGGCCACCUGAAGGCACACCCGCAAGAGUACGUGGACACACUGGAAUCGUACCUCAAGUCGUUAUGUAUCGUUCCACUCAAGUCCAAGAUGUAA